CCAAAUAGGUGAUUUUCUUUAGCUGCUGUGUCCAGGUAUAAUUUGUGAUAGAAUUUAUCUGGCUAUCUGUGUUAAAUUUGUGGAAAUCAGUAAAAAUCAAAUUCGGUAAAUUUUCCGCCUCUGCGUAGUGAAAAUUUUGGGGCUCGCGCUCCGCCAUGUUCCUUUUUCCGCUUUGUUUCGAUUUUUUUCGGUUCGGCAUAGGUACCUAACCUAAAAGCGUUGUUUACCUUCAUUUAUGUUUACAAUUUCUACCUAGCUGCGUCGUUGGUUCCGCAGGUUAAUCGGCAAGUUUCUUGAUUUGUUUUCUAGCGACUAGUUUGUGAUUGAUUCUCGAAAGGUGCGCAUCUCGUCGUGGUAAUUGGGACAACUGAGGUGAAGCGAAAUGAUGGAUAACGACAAUGACCAGAACAGCCGGGACCGUUCCCGUCGGAACGAUCGUGGCCGCAACAGUUCUCGAUUCAGUAACGAUCGGGAUCGUAGCCGCGAUCGCGACCGUGAACGUGGCGAUUGCCGUCGCAUUUAUGUCUCGAACGUGCCAUAUGAGUAUCGUUGGCAGGAUCUGAAGGACCUAUUCCGCAAGGAAGUGGGUGAUGUAUCGUUCGUUGAGUUGUUCCACGAUGAGAACAACAAGCCAAGAGGCUGCGGAAUUGUGGAGUUUGAGAAGUCGGAGCAUGUGCAAUCCGCUCUGGAUAAGAUGAACCGGUUCGACAUCAACGGUCGCCAAUUGGUCAUCAAGGAGGAUUAUGGAAACGAACGGGACAAGUACGGUCGAGUUGUGCCGAAAUCGUUCCGCGGAGAACGCGAUGAUAGCAGCCGUCGGCGGGAUCGGGAUGAUGAUCGAAUGUCGGGACGUGAUGAUGGCGGUGGUUUCAAUCCGGACUUCAAUACCUACGGUCUCAGCAUCAAGUUCUUGGAAGGUCUCGGCAUUCAGGGACCUCUGCAUACCCGUAUCUUCAUUGCUAAUCUUGAUUACAAGGUCGAUGCUAAGAAGCUCAAGCAGGUCUUCAAGAUGGCCGGUAAGGUCCAGAAUGUGGACCUGUCUGUCGACAAAGAUGGCAACAGUCGGGGUUUUGCAGUCGUUGAGUACGAUCACCCUGUCGAGGCCGUUCAAGCAAUCUCGAUGUUCGACAGGCAAAUGUUGUUCGAUCGCCGAAUGACCGUUCGUCUUGAUCGCGUACCGGAGAAAGGUGAGCUUAACCGUCUGCCCGAGGGUUUGAAGGGUAUCGGCAUCGGUCUCGGUCCGAACGGUGAACCAUUGAAGGACGUGGCCCGUAAUCUUCCGACAUUGCAGCAGAAUAAUCAGGUUCAAAACAAUCCCAUACAAAACACUGCUCCGACUCCAGUUCAACCUCCACUCGGUGCCAAUUUGUUGAGCGCUGCUGGCACCAACCUGUCCGGCUUGAGCAGCAAUCUUGCUGCUCAGCUAAGCAACGUGGUUGGCUUGUCCAAUUUGACCGGUAGUCUGCAGAAUUCUCUCUUGUCUAAUGCCGCAGCUGGUCUAUCGAACUUAACGGGCUUGGGUAAUCUCGGCGGUGGAGGAGGUGGCGGCGGUCUCAGUGGACUCGGUGGAUCCGGUGGCUCAGGAUUGGGCGGUCUUGGUUCCCUUGGUGGAGGAGGAGGAGGCAACGAUGGCGGUCUUGGCGGUGGUAACUUCAAUCAGAGUUACUCUUCUGGAGCAUUUGGUGGCGGCAGUGGUGGCGGAAACCGUGGAAACGAUUAUGACUUGGGAUCCUCCAAUGUCCGCAACUACAGCACAGCACCGAACGAUGACUAUGGCCGAAACUACGGCGGUAUCAAUAAUGGUAAUCGCAAGACUUCAGAUACGAUCGUUAUUCGGAACAUGCCUGUCACCUGGACGUGGCAGACCCUUCGUGACAAGUUCCGCGACGUCGGAGAAGUCAAAUUUGCUGAAAUUCGUGGACAGGACACUGGUGUAGUUCGCUUCGCUAAGGAGCGAGACGCUGAAGUUGCCAUAAAAUUGAUGGACGGUUCUCGAUUCGACGGUCGCACAGUUGAUGUCACUUUCUUCUAAGUAAUUGGAGGGGGGCCCUUCGCUCUCGUAUUCACUUCCAACAGAGAACAUAACCCUUUUGAGCUACAUUAGCUAUACAUUUUAGUAGAAGGAGUCAAUCUUUGUGUCUCUCGCGUAGGAAUGUGCAAGCAACUAUACACAAUAGGAAUGACGCUUUCUUUUCCCAACAGUCCAAAUUGGUCGCGAUUGUCCGUUGCAUAGUUGGAUUUUAUUUGUCUUUCGUUAACUUUUAUCUCAUCAGCAAUAGGAAAGUCGGACUUCGAAGAUUUUGGGUUCUAAACGAUAGUCUUUGGUCGUUUGUGUUUUAGUUGAAUCCACGGCGUUGUGUACCUUUUCAUUGACUAAAAGUUUGCAAAUUUCACUUCUGGUUUUCGUAUGGUUUACAAAAAAAAAUUAUAAGAGAUGUUUUGGAGCACCAUUUUUGUUUGAUACGGACAAAAACAGGAUAAUCGUCGAUGAUUGGCAGUUUUACACACAAUAUAGAUUAGGUUUAAGUAUAAGUUACAUUAAUGCGAUGUUUCCGAACUGAAUUUCUUGCAUUAAGAAUAAACAUACCUAUAACAAACACACACACACACAUACAUACUGGUGGUCGUAUUAGUCCGCAGAAGCUGGUAUACAUGGCGUUCUUUAUCUUUCCUCGCUUGGGUCAUUUCUGUGUCGAUAGUGGACGUCUUUGUCAAGCUAAUUGUACUACACUCAACGUUCGGGCUAUAACAUGUGACCAGUUUUGAGAAUACGUUAGAAAAAGUAGAAGGGUUGCUGACUUCACCCAAAAAAACAAACAUAGGUACCUACCUACCAAUAUUCAACUGCGGUGUGCAUGAAUGGUAAUGAAUAAAGGAUUGGAGAGGAAAAA